AUGAUGUCCUCUCCGACGUCUACACAAAACACGUUGUCGGUUCUGCCGCCCCUCGUGACAGAUCAAGGGUUGAAACGGUCGUCGACCAACGUGAAGGACCGCCUGUCCACAUAUUCGAACGUGUCCUUCGCAUCCCAGAACCGAUCGCGUCCAGGCUCGCACGUGUUUCCCGUUUUUCACUCCAGUCUUCCGUAUGCUCUCGUGCGAGACUUCGCCUAUCCAUCGACUCAUCAUCUCCACUAUGGGCCUCCACCUCCUCGCGCCUCCGGCGUGUCGUCGCCUGCGAGCGAGCACCGACGCUUGUCUGACCCGCCGACGUCGUGGGAUACUUCACGGGGCCCAUGGGCCUCUGGAUGGAAUACCGACACGAACUAUGGCCAUCAGCAGCAACUGCCAGCGAUGUCCUUUGGAGACGGUCCUCCGUAUAGCGAGGACGAGGACCUGCAUAGCCCGGUAAUGACCACGGCCCGUCAUCGCAAAAAGGCUAGUGUUGUUGACUUAAACGGAACGACCGACAACCAUGGCUUGACGAGGACCGACCAGAUUUCCCGAAACGAAGACCGCGGAACGUUCGUGGGUCUGCAUGCUGAUGGCAGCGAGACAUAUUAUGUGAACGAUGGUGACUCGGGAGACGAUGGGCCAGGUGGAGAGUACGUCACGUAUCCGGCCCAUGAAGGGCGGUACUCGUACGCGGGAUACGGUGGACCUGGUCCCCAGCAGGGCUACGAGCACGACCCCGGCUUCACUUCGGAUGAUGAAACCGCUGGCGAUGACCGAUACGCAAGUGACUUUCAAUUCGCGGUCGGCUGCCCGGACGAAGAGAUGAAUGGAAAGGCCGUUGCACUUUUUGAUUUCACUCGGGAGCACGAGAAUGAGCUUCCCCUCACCGAGGGCCAAGUGAUCUACGUCUCGUACCGACAUGGCCAAGGCUGGUUGGUCGCGGAAGAUCCAAAGACGGGAGAAAACGGACUCGUGCCGGAAGAGUUUGUGCGGCUUUUGCGCGACAUCGAAGGAGGGCUGACUUCUCUGAACGACGAGACGACUUCCGAUGUGACUGGAAAUGGCACCGAUUUCAGCGAGUCCGGCCCAGUAUCUCUGCCUGCUCAGAAUGAAAGGAGUGACAAUUCCUCGGCUCACGACGGCAACAAGGGCGCGAACGGCGACACGCCUGUCACUAUUCAAAUCCAAGGCCCGGAUGCUUCAUCCGAGACUGAGGUCUCUAAGAGCAAGACGGCCGGUGGAAACCGUUCGAACAUGCUGGCUAAGACCUGA